UCCGGUUUUUCGCGGAAACUGAAAACAGGAGUGUUUACAAUGGCUUCCACUUCGCAUACUGUAGAGGACACUCUUAUAACUGCACAACGUGCCCUUGCAGUUCACUAUGGAAACAGUUACCCUUGUAGCAAUAGGGUUCAACAAAGCUUGAGGGAGAUAUUAAAUCAGAAGUUUAAUGGGUCACAUAGGAGCUUUACAGAAAAAUUUCUCAGACCAACUACAUUACUUCUGGAGAAACUCAAAGCUGAGGGUUUUCCUCUAGUCAAGGAUGGCAGAGUUAUCCUCCAUCUAUCUGGGCCAAUAAACCAUCUGGAGGUUGGAGAAAUGUUUUUUCAGGUUGGGCACACCACACCAGGGACAUUGACGCUGAAGUUUGCUAAGCCAAGUGGUAACACAGUGUUCUUACAGCCGUCAAUCGUUGAGGAAAUCGAAUAUCACUUGGCAUUUACCCAACAAUACCUUCAUCAGUUACGGAAGGAAGCCGGUACAUCGGGUGAUAACUUAAUGCAGCUGCUAGUGGUUUCUACAGUAAAUGGCCAGGACUGUGCUCCUGAAAAGAUAAGGGUAGAUGGAAUAAUGCCGUACACGUUUGGACAUGGUAGAAGCAAAACACCAUCCUCAAAAAUAGAUCAGUCAGUCGGUGAUGGAAGUCCUUCGUAUCGUCAACGUGAAGAAAAUUCGGAUCAACAUCCUGUAGAACAUUAUCCUCCAAUUCAGGCAAUCAGUGAUCAACACACAACACACGAUCAGCAAGAACACUCAUUAAGGGCAGGGGGAAACAAUCCACAAUAUCCUCCAAUUCACCGAGCAGUCAGAGAUCAACCCACAACAGAAGACGUAGAUCAACGACCCCCGCGGACGGAACAGUCCUCAGAUGGAGGAGAAAAGAAUCCAACAUACCCUUCCAUUCAUCACGCAGUUGACGAUCGAAGUGAACUACACGCGGGUCAUUUGAGAAACUCUCCAGGCGCAGGUGCAAACAAUCCACCAUACCCUCCCAUUCAUCAAGCAGUUAGCGAUCAGCCACCAGACUCCAGAGACCAUGAGCACUCAUCAAAUUUAAGUGAAGCCGAUACUUCCCAGCGCGUACCUAGAGGUCAGAAUAUAACGGAAAACACUGGGCGCCAAAAUACAGGAGCUCAAGUGAUUGACGCAGUUGGGAACAACCCAACAUAUCUCCCUCCUAAAGCAGUGGCAUCUGCGUCCGCGUGUUCUGCUCAGGCUGUUGGAAAUAACUCAGCAUAUCUUCCUCCACAAGACGCCAUUUUGCCAACCCAAGCCGCAAGAAGCUUCUGGCAGGUUACAGACUUUCAUUUUGACAAAACGUACCAGUCCCCCACAGAGCCUGGGAAGAUAUGUAAUUCCCAGACCCCAAACAGUGAGACGCCUACCCAUGCUGGCAAAUGGGGUGACUAUCUUUGUGAUUCCCCGUGGAGACUUAUAAACUCAUCAGUAUUUGCAAUGAAAAGCAUCGAGCCAAAUCCGGAUUUCAUCAUUUGGACAGGCGAUGACAUGCCACACGUCCCAAACAGCCAACUGAGUACAAACGAAGUGAUAGAAACGGUGAAGAACCUAACCGACUUGCUCAGCGCUGUCUUUCCAAACACAACGGUUUAUCCGGCCCUCGGAAACCACGACUACCAUCCGAAGCACCUGAUGCCACCCGAACCGAAUUUCAUUUACUGGGCAGUUGGUGAUUUAUGGAGCCGAUGGCUUCCUCAGGAUGCGGUGAAUACCUUUAAAAGAGGCGGAUUUUACACAGUUCUCAUCAAGCCUGGCUUGCGUUUAGUCUGUCUAAAUACCGUGUAUUACUAUACAAACGACAAGCUAACAGGGAAUAUCUCUGAUCCAGCCAGCCAAUUUACGUGGCUAGACGAUGUGCUCACUGAAGCAAGUCGCAUCAACGAGAAGGUGUUCAUUAUAGGUCAUGUUCCGCCCGGUGCUUUUGAGCGAGCUCCGGGAAAGAAGUGGUUUUAUCCCAAAUUCAACAAAGAUUACAUUGCUGCCAUCAUGAAACAUGCUGACGUCAUCACCGGCCAUUUUCUUGCUCAUCAGCACUGCGACAGCUUUAAAAUUAUCUAUGACGGGAAAGGAAUUCCUACAAGUUCCAUUUUUUUGUGCCCUGCGGUAACACCCUGGAAGACAGUACUACCCACUGUUGGCUACAAUAAUCCUGGCAUUCGGCUCUAUAAGUAUGAUAAGAGCACCAUGCACGUUAAGGAUGUUUGGCAGUACUUUACUAACCUAACACUGGCCAAUAUGAUGUCCAAACCGGAGUGGGUACUAGAAUACAAAGCUACUGACGCCUACCGCAUACCAGAUGUGAGCCCAGAGUCCCUUCAUUCACUGGUUAAAACGUUCAAAACUCCGGGCAGUUCAAACUUCGAAAAGUAUUACUUAUACAACUCAGUGAGCGCUGGUGGCGAGAAGUGCGACGAGGAAUGCAAAACAGCACAAAUUUGUGGUAUUACGGAAGUUGAUUUUGAGAAGUAUGAUGCCUGUGUGUCGCCCUCCACAAGUUCAUCCCAUGUGAAGUCUGCAACGCUCUCGGUCUAUGUCGCAAUUAUUGUUGUUUGGGCACUUGCUGUAAUAAUUACAUAGAAUUAGUUUAUUGCCAUAAAUACGUAACACUUUAAUUCUACUGAUUGUUUAUUUUUAGUGAAGGCGGCAUUCCGAGUAAGCAUCAUUUGCAUGAUUGUUUGUUUCUUGCUGUUGUUUUGCUUUGUUUGUUUGUUUAUUUUCUAUAUUUGAUUUUUUGUUUAUGCAUACUCUUUUCUUUUGCUUUAUUUGAUUUUUUUUUGGUUAACUUUUGGCUUUAGCCUGAUAAACUAUGAGUAACAUUUAUGUUUUACCAAUUGAAAUUUCAUUAAAGUUUCUUCCAACAUUUGAGAUUUACUUUUUUUUUUGAGCCUUAAAUUCAAAUGAGAAUAUUAAUCUAGGAUUGCUGUUUGUGUAAUAAAUUGUGUAGAUAUUCUUGUCAUUGUUACUAUCAAACAGGUCCAAAUAAUGAGAUGUGAUAUGAUGUGGUAGCUGCCUCAUAGAGUCGAGAUAACCAAAAAUGCGCCACAUAGUAUAGCAGAUAAUAAUAAUUAACAAUUAUUCACCGAAGUGGAGGUGAAUUUACUGUAAACUGGUCGGCAAUUAAACUCCGGGUGAGGGUGAAA